CUUUUCUUAAUACUACCGUUUUCAAUCUUCUUAUUUUUCAAACAAUUUUAUUUCUAAAUAACAUACAAUGAAUAACUAUGACUAAAAUACAAUACAAAGCCUUGGUAUGCGUAACAUUGUCAUCAAAGAUUGAUUCGGAAUUAUAAUUCCAGGGUCCACAAACAAAUACAGUUUUUUUCUUUAUUCUCGCUGAUCGUUGUAACAGAGAAAAAAAGUGAAGAUAGAAAUGGCGUCUUGGAAUUCAGUUUCAUUAGAACUAACCUACGAAUUUCUUGGCUGGUUCGCUUUUAUUGCAUGGUCCAUCAGUUUCUACCCUCAAGUCAUCUUAAAUUUUCGAAGAAAAAGCGUUGUAGGACUCAACUUUGAUUUCGUUCUCUUAAACCUAACGAAGCAUAGUUCCUAUCUCAUAUACAAUGCUUCUCUCUACUUUAGCUCUGCUAUUCAGAAUCAAUAUUUUCAGAAAUACGGUUAUGAUCAGAUGAUACCGGUUGCAGCAAAUGAUGUUGCUUUUUCAAGCCAUGCUGUUCUGCUGACAGCCAUUGCGUUGUUCCAGAUUGCAAUCUAUGAACGUGGAAGUCAGAAAUUGUCGAAAAUUUCGAUUGGAAUUGUCUCGGUUGUUUGGCUGACUGCUGCAGUUUGUUUCUUUGUUGCUUUGUCUGAUCAUUCAUGGCUUUGGCUCCUCAACAUCUUCAACUCAAUUCAAGUGCUUAUGACUACUAUAAAGUACAUUCCCCAGGUAAGCAUGAACUUCCUAAGGAAAAGUACGGAUGGAUUCAGCAUUGGUAACAUUCUACUUGACUUUUCUGGAGGAAUAGCAAACUAUGGACAGAUGGUUGUGCAAUCAAUAGAUCAAGGUUCGUGGGUCAACUUCUAUGGCAAUAUAGGAAAAGUGUUGCUCUCUCUGGUAUCUGUAUCCUUUGACAUUAUUUUCAUUAUUCAACAUUAUGUCCUGUAUCCUGCUAAAAAACCCUACAAAUUAGUGACCACCGGCGAGGAUGAAGAUCAAAUUAGAGAGCACCUUGUCAGGCCUUCUGAUGAGUCUCCACCAGAGAAUGUGUGAAACUUGAUUUGGUUCAUAAUGUAUAUUCAAAGGAGCAUGAACAUCGAAUCAGAACGCCCCUUGCCAGGAAUGUUGUAAAAGAAGUGAAUUCUAAUGUAUAUCACGUUUCCCAUUGAUUCCUAUCAUGAUCAAAACAAGGAUUUUUGUCCCAUGUACCAGGAGAUUCUCUUUGCCUUGACCUUCACCAAACUUUGUUGUGUAAUAAGUUUAAAAAAAUUAUAGUAUCGAUCUUUAUGCCAA